AUGGACGAACUUGUUGCAGCGCGAGCUGAGUUGGUCCGGCUAGAGGAAAAUGAGCGAAACCUUAUCAAACAGCUAUCGGACGUCCGUACGGCGGCAGCGGUGCAGAGGAAGAGAAUCGACGAACUGAUCCGAACAAGACCACCACCCAUCCAGUGUCUCCCUGUGGAGCUGCUCUCCUCAAUCCUUCUCCUUGCUCUUCGUGGAACCAAUCCUUCACAGAAAGAGAUCCUCGCACGUGUAUCGCGGCAUUGGAGGGAUGUAAUCCUGGACCACCCGAAUUUCUGGUCUGCGAUAGAGAUUGUAAGCUCGAGGAAGUUAAGCCCUGCCGUGAGGUUGCACCUGAAGAAAAGUCGCGAGGCACCGCUCGAUAUUACUAUUCGAGUUGAGUCGUCCAAGAAUCACAGUAGUCUUCGUGAAGGUCUGGACCUCCUCAUUCCUUGUGCUGACCGCUGGCAUACCCUUUACAUCUAUUCGUGGUCUUCGGCGUCUAUUCCGCAGUUUAUUUUGGACCGUAUAGGUGCUGUCAAGUUUCCAUCUUUGAAACGUAUUGAACUCGACUGGAGUGUCGAUACCUUUCCUACUUUUCUUUCUGCAACAAACGUUCCUGUUCUAGAGCACCUGGAACUUGGGUAUCUCAUGGUUGAUGAUCGUGAUGGUCGCAGUCGGCACCGCUCAACGCCUGGCGCGUCAUUUUCAAUGCACAUCCCGGUUCUCACACUGGUCACAUUAACGCUUUCCGGUAAUACGCCGCCGUGGUUACUCCAACCAAACAGCGUUCACUUCCCUGUUCUUGAGACAUUGAAAAUCAGCCUCACGAGCACAAGUGAAUUCUUCAAAGCAAUUGUAACCCCGAAGCUCAUAUCUCUCGACUAUGCCGUUAGCUUGGAAGAUAUACUUUCUUCCCUCUUCAGCAAUCUUGAGGGGAAGUUCAGUAGCGUUAAGCAGGUCUCUUUCACGAUAGAAUCUAGCGGUCUGGAUACUUCGGGUGCUCUGGCUCUUUGCAGAGUGUUCCCAAAUAUCACUGGAAAAGCCUUGAAAGCGUGGCAGUUCCGUGAUAUGGACCCCAGCUUAUGGCUAGAACCACCCAUUCGAGAAAAUAAUGCCUUCGUGCAAUGGCUCGUGGAACGACAGCACCAACAACCACUGCAUGUCCGUAUCGAAGGCGCCUAUACCGAGGAGGAAGACGUCCCAUUAUUUUGCACGCUAUACGAAAUAUUGCGAGAAUAUUGUGUCGUGGAGCUUGAAGACGUCGUCUUGUGCCAUGAAUCGGAGCUUUCAAAAUCAGCAGGUUCCCGUCUGCAGCUCUGCGUGCCGAUGUUCACCUCUGGUCUCGUGGACGACAUAGGUGCUGUAGUAGGGGAACAGUCGUCUCACGAGUAAAAGCAUGCGCGCAACGAGUUCGUAUUACGUGUACUUCACUGCUAAUCUCGAAUUGCGAUGUCCUCGCAACUCUCGAAUUCAACUUCUUGUCGGUUGGUAUCAGUUUUCGGAGACCAUGAAAACCCAACCGCCCCGCUGGUCACUAGUCCUGUCCUUUUAUGUAACACUCAUCGAAAAGAAAGAAAAAACACCACUACUUCCGUGGCACAAC